AUGCCAAUCAUUCUUGAUUGUUCUCUUGCUGAUUUACAAGAAAAAGCUAAAACUUAUCAGGCUACUCAUACUGAAACAAUUCGUAAAUAUGAUGAAGCAAAAGAAGAAAACGAUGAAAAUCUUCGACUACUUGCUGAUAUCACAGAAAACUAUCAAGAUAUAGUUAAAAAAAUUGAUUUCAAAACUCAUCAAUAUGAUCAUCUAAUAGAAAAAAUGAAUAAUGAACAAUCUAAUCGUUAUGUAAUUCAAGAAGAAAUUAAAAAGUUAAAGAGAAAAUCUAUUCAAAUUAACGAAAAAAUUUCUAAAUAUAAAAAAAAAUUAAAUCAAUUAACUAAAAAACAAUCAAAAAAACCAAAAAAUACUACUGACAUUACUCGAUCUGUUCGUGAAAUUCAACAAGAACUCGAUGCUAUUAAUAAUUAUCUUAAAGCAAAUGAAGACACUAAUGAAAAACGUCGUGAAGCAAUUAAUAAAUAUCGAAGAAAACGAGAUGCAGCAAAAGAAUAUAAAAAAACAUAUGAACGGUGUUAUCAACAAAUUGCAUAUCUUAAACAAUUUAUAAACAAACGUCAAGAAGGUUUUCUUACAAUCGCUGAACAACAUCAAUAUUAUCUUCGUGUUAAAUUUCAAAAUUUAAUGAAAAAAUAUCAUUUUGAUGAGAGUGAUAUUCAAAUAGAUCAUAAAAAAGAACAACUUGAAUUAAUUAUAAAAAAACAUCAAAGAGAUCCAGCAUCAUUAUCUGGUGGUGAACGAUCCAUAUCAACAUUUUGUUUUUUACUUGCACUUUGGCAAUCUAUUUAUCAACCAUUUCGAUUACUUGAUGAAAUUGAUAUUUAUAUGGAUAAUGAAAAACGAAACUCAUCACUAGAAAUUCUUUAUCAAAAUACUUUAUAUUAUUCAUCAUCUCAACAUAUUAUAUUUACACCACAAACUGUUGAUUCACAACACUGGAACGAAUUAAAUGUACCUGUUUUUAAUAUGCCAAUACCAAAGCGUUCUUUAUAA